CAGCUGCGUGGUGAAAAUGCUGGCAAGACAGUACGGGUGAGAGGCUGGAGAGUGGGGGUGAGGUGGGCUGCCAUUUCAGUAGGAGACUCGGGAAAGGCCUGCCUGCCUGAGUAGGUGACAUUUCAGCAGAGAGAGCAAGAUGUGCAGAAAUCUGGGGACCCACCUGUCAAGUUGCAGCAGUGGGGGCAGGGGAAGCUUAAGGAGGAGGUGGCCGAGGCUGGAUGGAGGGGAUGGAGUAGGUGGCUGGAGUCUGACGCUUUUACCCCUGAGGACUUUUCGAUUUAUGAGCACUCACAGCCUGCUGGGUGCCAACGCCAUCUUGACUGCCUUUAGCUAUCAUUGACAGAGCUCAUUCUGCCCCCGCAAGACAGCACUGCUGGCUGCCUGACCACCCAGGAAGAUGAGCGCUUGUGGGAGGAAGGCCCUGACCCUGCUGAGCAGUGUCUUUGCUGUCUGCGGCCUGGGCCUGCUGGGCAUCGCGGUCAGCACUGAUUACUGGCUGUACCUGGAGGAGGGCAUCAUCCUUCCCCAGAACCAGAGCACGGAGGUCAAGAUGUCCCUGCACUCGGGCCUCUGGCGGGUCUGCUUCCUUGCUGGUGAAGAGCGAGGACGCUGUUUCACCAUAGAGUAUGUGAUGCCCAUGAACUCCCAGAUGACGUCAGAAUCCACAGUCAAUGUGCUAAAAAUGAUCCGCUCAGCCACCCCGUUCCCACUGGUCAGCCUCUUCUUCAUGUUCAUCGGCUUCAUCCUGAGCAACAUCGGGCACAUCCGCCCCCACCGGACCAUACUGGCCUUUGUCUCCGGCAUCUUUUUCAUCCUGUCGGGCCUCUCUCUUGUGGUGGGCCUGGUGCUGUACAUCUCCAGCAUCAAUGACGAGGUGCUCAACCGAACCAAGGAUGCGGAAGCCUAUUUCAACUACAAAUAUGGAUGGUCCUUUGCCUUUGCCGCCAUCUCCUUCCUUUUAACAGAGAGUGCUGGGGUGAUGUCUGUGUACCUGUUCAUGAAGAGGUAUACUGCCGAGGACAUGUACAGACCUCACCCGGGCUUCUACCGGCCACGGCUGAGCAACUGUUCCGACUACUCCGGCCAGUUUCUACAUCCGGACGCCUGGAUCCGUGGCCGCAGCCCCUCAGACAUCUCCAGCGACGCCUCCCUACAGAUGAACAGCAACUACCCAGCCUUGCUCAAGUGCCCGGACUACGACCAGAUGUCAUCAUCGCCCUGCUGAGCCCUGGCCUCCUCCCCGCCUAAACUUUGGAUGGCUGGACAGCCUUUCCCUUCCCCCCACCCUGAGCCGAGGCCCAGGCUGUUCCCUGCUUAGCCGUUGUUACUUGACCACAUCCUCUCCCUGCUCCGAGAGUAGCUCUUCCUCCAGUGGGCAUCUGAGCCUGGAGUCAGAGGCAUGCUGAUUGGCUGAGAGCAUGAGCCGCGAGAGUGCCAAUCAUAGCCAUGAGCGCCAGGAAGCCAGCAACACCCCGUGCUGCGCUGUGUUGGAAAAUGCCUGUGUUCUAGUUGUAUUUUGUUCCUUCACUUCCGGGUCAGCCAAGGCCAGGCUGUAGUUGCCGAGUUCUGAUACAGACAAAGCCAGACUUGAACGCUUGCUAACCGGCCUGGCUCUCCAUCCAUGAUCUGUAUUGUGAGGUCAAAAGGUGAGCCUGCCCCAGCGCUCUGGCUGGCUCAGAAACCCCAAGCAGGCGGUUCCUUUUAUGUCCUUGGGCGCCCUCCACAAAACACAUCUCUCUGUGUUAACACUGCCCCCAAGGCUCUGGAUGGUUCCCAGCUUUCAUCUCUCAGAACACAGCUGCCUCCGUCAGGGACUAAGGUAAGUGUUCAGCGGAGUCAAUGACGUCACAGAGGUGUUAAUGGCUGAAGAUGUCUUAAUACACAUGGCCCCUUGGUAAGCUAUCUCUCAGGGGCUUUUGAUGCCUUAACCCAAAGAAGUGACUGAUGAUGAGAACUGGAGAAUUUGACAGUUCUGUGUUCAGAGUGCCAAGCACUGUGUCCAUCGCUGUGGGGAGACUGUCCCUGACUUCAAGGACCAUAUCUCCAUUGAAGGCUCUAAGAUCUAAUCGUGUAGACAGGUGCCUGUACCCCCUAAGGGCACCGUAGCUGUGAGCUGGCUUUGAUGACACAAUGUGUUUGGAGCCCAAACAGACCAGAUUCCAGAUGACCCAGCUGCCCGGCCAAGGAUGCCUGUGAACAUUUGGGGGUUGCCAAUUUAAUCCUAAUAUGGGGAAGCAUCUGCUUCCCAGUCAUAUGUGGGCAAAUCACCUGCCUCCAGCAGGCCAGACAACUGCUUUCCUCAACAGGAAGCUGAGUGGGGAAGUCUGUACACCCUCCCCCCCCGGGUUCUCCAGGUGUCGGCUGAGCCAGACCAUUGUUCAUUCUGAGGCUCUUGAGAGGCAAGCCAGCGCGGCUCUCCCUGCGCUGUGUAUUUUUGCCCUGCCCACUGCUGCCUCCGCUCUCCUUAAGAUGCCAAAUGUCCCCGAACAUACAAAGCCACAGCGGGUAA